AUGGAGAAGUUUUCAAAUUGGAGAGACAAGGGCACUGGAAUUUCUCCGUUCAUGCCCGAGGAGGGCGUUCAGCUGCCCAUGAAAAAAUUCCUCAUGAAUCCUUUGUUUAUAGCUGUCAAGUUGCCAGCAUUAUACAUCAUGUACGCAUUAUCAUUUUUUGCACCAAAAGCUUCGCUUCUGGUCAUUCUCCGAUUCAUCUUUGGUGUCUCUGAUAUUGAUUUGCUGGUUGAAGGAGUGAGAAAAACAAAAACUGACGAAAUUGACCGCAAAAGGCCCGCGAAGAACCAGCUCGUGGUUGCAAAUUUCGUAUCACCGAUUGACGUUUUGGUUUUGUAUGUCAUGUCAUCGGUGAAGUCAAUCAACGAUAUUGUUGUGUUGAUUCCAAGAGGAUCUAAAGUGUUUGCAUUGACCUUUUGGCAGUUUUACACCGUUCCUUUUUUGGAGCCAGAUGCUGCAAUGCCAGGCAAAGAAUUGAGAGACUAUAAGAGUCUAGCGGAAAAGCUAGUGAUUUUGUUUCCUGAAGAGACCCCUUCAAACAACAAAGCCAUUCUCCCGUUCAAUAACAGCAUACGCGAUCAAUUGCUUCUGCUACCUGGAUUCUCGUACCUGACGAUUGUCCUCAGAAUGUACCCCAAAUACAUCACCUUGCCAAUACCCAAUGUUUCUAAGUUUCAGUACCUAUGCAAGUUGCUUACCGGCAAGGUGUUCGUGAAGGCGAAGAUUGUGCCUCAUACUGACCUGAAGCAGUACUCGAUGAAGAUUGCGAGAGAAGUGUUCCCCGAUAAUGGCAUGCCUCUCAUUGGUGAGGACCUUUCGUUGCAGGCGAAGGCAAAGUUCUUUGCAUAUUAUAAGAGCUACGCCUUGCCUGAAAGCUCAAGAAGACGUAAAUGA